GGCGAAAGUAGAAGACAGCAUUCUCCAUAUUAAUGCGGAAGCAUGUGGAAUAAUUUCUAAACUGAUGAUAUAAUGUGCACUGGCUUAGUACCUAAUUUGGAUCUAGUACAGGGUGGCGCAGAUGAAACGCAUGAUUUUCACGUGUAAUGGAGAAACCUGGCGAGUAGUCCUAGCUGUUUCAGAAAGUGCCAGCAUCAUGGAGGAAUCACACAGAAACAAAGCAAUUGAAUUAUUGAUGACAAAUCGCUAGUCAUAAACAAAGCCACAG